AGUUAGACAGUGUGUGUGCGAUUAGUCCCAAAUGCAAAACAGGAUUUAGGAGGGAGGCUAGUGAUAUAAACAUCACUCCUAAAAUGACUUCUAAUUAGUACGUUCAUGUUGGAGGCAUAUUCACUGAUAGAGUGGAAUAUUGGAUUAUGGGACGUGAUGAUGGAGAGAGAAAACAUGACUUUGUUUUGCGAUUGAGUCACUUUGCUUGACCAAAAGUUUUAUUGGAAGGAUAGCUGGUGAAGAGCGAUCACAAGACUUCAUUUACUUUGGAGUUUGUCUCUGGUUGGCAAUUGACUCUUUUCUUCUGUUAUUUUGCUUCCAUUGCAGCAUUUGCUGAUUGUGAAAGAAGAUUCAACUUAUAUUGGAGAAGUACUGUAGACCUCUAUACUUUUGAUGCCGCCAGCUCUUCGAGCAGGUCCGUGAGCCUGAAGCGAUUCUCUGGUGAUCACCACCACCGCCAUGGCCGGUGACAGCAAGACUUCACCUGCACAGAAGCACAGUAUCCUUCAGAAAGUUUCCAGAAGAAAGUUGGUGCUUGCUGUUCUGGUUCUGUUAGGAGAGGUUGUUAUAUGUAUCUCACAGAUUGUUUUAGGAGUAUGGGUUCAUAUAACCAUAGAGAAUAUAGGCGCAGGCGCCUUUUGGGCCCCAGUUCUGCUUCUUAUAGGAGCCCUAGUCUCAUUGGAGGGUAUGCUGUUCCCAUUUGGUCGUCAGAAGAUGCUGGCGAUGGGUAUAAUGCUGCAGAUCUUGGGUAUCUUCAUGGCACUCAUAGGCGCUUUCUUGGAGAGUGUUGUAGCAUCAUUAAUACAUCACGUUGAUUUUAGUCAGUGUUCCUAUUCAAGUUCGGGUUUAGCAAACUGUACUGCAGAGCUUUCAUGUGAGGCCGUCCAACUUAGCUUUCCAAAGAGCUGUUACUGCUGCUAUCUUACUAAAGAGAGGUUUAGCCCAUGCUAUUUCAGAGCUGUAAGUCUGUUUGAGGCUCCUAGUAUGUAUGCUGGUGUAGACUCCUGUAGCCAGGUGCCCGGUGAAUAUCUCACCCUUCUUUGGACCUCUAUCUGUUUCUGUGCUGUCUGUUGUUUCUUUGGGAUCAUUGCUGCAAUUACUACAUACUCCUACAGAAAAGCAAUCAAAACACCAAGUAUAGCAAUAUCAACAACACUCACAUCUCCUAUGUUACCCCAACAAGCUCGUCAAGAAGGCUUCGUCAAAUCAUCCUCUUCUUCUUCAUCUUCAAGUCCAGGUGGCUCACGGAGCCUUGAUACACCUGUACCUGCACCAAGGAACUCCCUUGUACGUUCCUCAAGUAAUACAGUAGUUGGUGCUACCCCUGCAGCCACACCUGCAGCAACACAAGUGAAAUCCUCAACCCUUCCAAAAAGAAAAAAGAGACGUGCCCCAGGUAUACCAACCUCACAGAGCUCAGGAGCUUCUGAAGCUUCCCCCUCAAGCUCAGCUGUAGUUGUUGUGAGACCAAAAAGGAACAGUGCCGCAUUGUUUACACAGUCAACAGAAAAUAGGGUGUCAAGUCAUGGUCAAAGACCUACUUCUGCAGAGCGUCCUAGGUCAGUCGAUGGUAGGCAGAUCAUGCGGGUUUCCCGUUCCACAGAGAAUAUACUGCGGGAAACCCGUCCUGAAAGACCAAGAUCUGCAACUGGUGGUUCCAGACCGGCGGACAGCCCACAGAGAAGGCCGGAUUCACAGAGAUCCUCGAGAACACCAACCGGAAGUCCAUUAAGGACACCAUCGUCUUCAGGAACACCAAAUACAAGUACAUCAAGGACACAGGAAUCUUCGAGAACCCCAACUGCAAGUCCAUCAAGGACACCUGCAAAUGUUCCAGAAAAUCAAGAGGAGUGUCAGGUGUCAUCUGUUGAUGAGGUUGCUUCUUCCACUCCAUCAGCAACUACAAGUUCCUCAAAUGAUAGUGCUGGCGCUUCAGCAAGUCCUUCAACAAGUGCUUCUACUGACAAUAACACAACACCAAAGAAUGAGACUACAUCAAAGACUCCUGUUAAGAAGAAGAAAUCGCACAAGAAAUGCCCCGCACCUCUGACUCCACCACAGUUACAACAGCUGCAACAAGAACAACUUCAACAGCAUCAGCAGCAACAGCAACAAGUACUUGCCGAACAGCAGCCGGCUCCUGCGAUGUUCUUGCCAAGAAAUGAGCCAAUCCCCAACUCACCGCCUCCCCCUUUUGUACCUGACCGUCCCCCCUCUCCACCUCCUUUUACCCCCUCUGCCUCGAUCCAUUACCCCCACCACACCCCUCACCACCCCCAUCAACCUGUUACAAACAUUCAUCUCACAUUGCACACCACACCAAUGGGAGCCAACGUGCAGAUGCCGGUGACUAGUCAAAGUGGGUAUCUCUAUCACAACCAACCGACAGCGCCUUUAUAUUUAUGAAUGAAACCAAGUGCACUUGUGGUUGAUCAAAGUGCCUGAUGAACAUUGCCUUUGAUUGGUACGUCACGACUGGAAGAUUUUGAAGACUAUUUAUAAUGUAUUUAUAGGAGCUUUACACCUUACCCACUUACAUGAUAUUUUAAGUUUAUGAUCAAUUGGAGAAUGGACAUACAGGGAUACCUUUGCCUUUUACGAAGAGAAUUGUUUAUCAGGGUAACAUUUCUCAAAUCUUGAAGAAUCACUGUUGAUUGAUCUCUCUGAACAUGAAUUCUAUCUGUGUUUGGACAAAAAGAAUCUGCAUGGAUCAAAGAUUUUCUGCCAUUGUUUCACGGCACAUGCUCAAUACUAUCACUGCCAGUAUUGCCUCGUAAUUUUGAACUAGAUCUCCAUAUUGAAUUAAUGAAAUGGAUUGGCUUGUAUAUCAAGAAAUCAAUGUCAUAUCUUUUUUUUACAAUAUCUGUACUUAAUAAACCUUGUUUAGGGUUAUCAAUUAUUUUUUUGGAGGUCAAGCUAGCUUGUUAAUCUUCACCAUUUUGGGGGGUUAUGAGUAAUUAAGUGUGUUCCCUCUGGCAAGGCAUAACAAGCCAAGAGAUGUUGGACAAAAAUCUAUCUGUAAGCCAUUGGCAAUUUUGAUGGUAAUUUUCAAGUUAAAACAAAACAAUUUUCACUUGUCUAUUGCAAGAUCUUUGACUGAUUUUAUUUUAUCUCUCAACAGCUUUGUGUUACAGGCGCCUGAUUGUAUUUGAUUAGUUCUAUCUUUCUUUCAUAUUCUUGAAGUUGAUGAGUGUCCCGUAACACAAAGGUUAUUGAUUAAUCAUACACUCGAUUCAUGAUUGAUUGUACAUUAUAGUCAAUGCAAUCAAUGGUAGAAAAAAUGUUCCACGAACAUUGCUAAGCUUUGUGUCACAGGUCCCUGAUUGUAUUUGAUUAGUUCUAUCUUUCUUUCAUAUUCUUGAAGUUAAUGAGGGAUGUUGCUUAUGGUCUACGCCCACUUUCGGUUUGGUCUCCUCCCAUUAGGUCUAAUCCUAGUUCGUCCACAACUGCGUUGUCUAUGAACCACAUAACCAUUUACCAGAAAUAUUGAUCUGAUCAAUUGCAACUAUGGAAAGCCAGCAACAUUAACAUCUAACACGCAUGUUUGUUCAAAAUAUUUUCUAGAAAUGACGUAU